AUGAAGCCAUCAUUAACGAGGAUAGCAAACAACAAUCCUGAUUCAUGCAUUGAAAUGGGUGAAGAAUCUUAUGUGAAGUCAAACACAGAAAGAAAAGUAUUGGAGUUUUUGUCGAAGGUGAGGAUCGAAUUCAAUGCACUCGACCCACGCAUAGCCUUGUCCAUGGAGUUCUUGGCGCAAUGCGAUUUUCGCAAGGUCAAGGAAUCCAAUCCAUCAUGCCAGGUUCGCUGCUUGAGACGGAGCAGAUGUUUCGGGAAGCUGGUGAACAAUGAUAUUAAGGAGCUCCAAGGGAUGGAGAGGGUGUGCUCGAUAAAACAUUGGCUACAGACGGCUGAGGACUGGGAACAUAGGGCAUAUUCUGCAAGCCAGAGAAGGGUGGAUUCUGCUUUGUGGUUCACGUUUGUAGUAGAUGGUGCAUGGUAA